AUGGAUUGUCCUCGCAACAUCGUGGGCUCAGCAUCUCAGCUGUUCUGCAGAAACAAGGACUCGCUCGAAUACAAAGCCCUAGUGGCGCUGUCAUGCUUAUCACACCCGCAGCGUGUCAUUCUCGCCGGUUUUAUCCUGAACGCCGCGGAUCGCGAAGUCGCCGCCCAAUACCUACUGCAGGAGACGUCGGGCCGUGGACCUGCGACCAUGUAUGAGUUUCUGGCUGAUUGGAUCUUUCUCGUUACCAAGGUUCGCCCAACUAUCGAUGCAAAACUGGAUCGACAACAAAAGCAGGCCCUUCUAGAGAGCCACGGUGGAGCUUGCUGUUUCUCUCGAGCCGAAACUUCUACCGUGGCACUCGACGAUUACGUAUCGGCUUUCAUCGUUCCGCCGGAUGUAUUUGACCAUCUGAGAGCCAACGAGGGUACUAGGCCUUUUCGAAUGCUUGCAGCUUUUAUUGGAAACGCUAAAGCCGGAGAACUCGAAUCAGUGCUCAAGACUAGUACGACGUCUUCGCCGGGACACCUCAAGCAGUUCCUACUUCUGUCCAAAGAUGCGUUUGAACUCUUUGCGAGCGGGGCCCUGUCAAUGGAAGCGAUGCCCUUUGGCAAAAAGAAUUCCUACACGAUAUGUGUCAACUGUCUGGCAGGGUCAACGCCAGAUUGGGUGUCCAACAACAUUGUGACAUUUUCUGAGCGAUCAGGGGAUCUUGCUACUGCCCCAAAUCCGCUGCUUUUCGAAGUCAACCGCCGCUUCUCUGAGGCCUUAUCUUGGAUACAAGUUGCUGAGCAUAUGAAAUCCCGCCCAGCACAACAAUGCCGAAGCGCGACUCAUUAUCUCGACUUUGCUCUUUCUCGGCCCAUCGUCUUCGCGAUGCGGCACGUUGGCCGGCUGAUGCCAGUAUUGCUACGUUCUCAAAUUUACCAGGCACUUAUGCAAGUUGGCCACCGGCUGUACGGCCCUACCCUGUCUGAAAGAAUGCACCGUCUCCCCUUCGGCCUCUAUUUGAGGAUCGCCGAAGCAGGCUGGUACCCACGGCAUCGAGCCGAAUUCGAGACGCUACGCCUCGUCGAGAAGUACACCACCAUCCCUGCGCCGAGACCGAUUGACACAUUGCAGUACCAAGGCAAAUCGUAUCUGCUCAUGACUCGUGUUCCCGGGCGACCGAUUGGGACUUUACUCACCGGUAUGACCGAUGAGCAAUUGCAAAAGGCCACACAAGAUCUUGGGGGGUAUCUCGAGCAGCUCAGAAGUAUACCUAACAAUUCCUCCACCGGCGCUCAAAUCUGUAACUCUGUAGGCGGUGGGAUCCUAGACUGGCGGAUCGGGGAAUCUCAACUCCACGAGUUAACUUUCGCCACCGUGACGGACUUCCACCAAUUCUUGACCGCUGAUUACAGCAGGCACUUACAGGAGAAGGCGCGUCCAUCCCAUGACAAGAAGCACAACAUUGUAUUUACACACGGCGACCUCAAUCCACGGAACAUCCUCGCAGACGAGACUGGGGCAAUCACUGGCAUUGUGGACUGGGAAUGUUCGGGCUGGUACCCUGAGUAUUGGGAAUACACAAAGGCCCAUUUCGUGGUGAGGUCCACCAUCCGAUGGCUUGCCGAUGUUAUCGACCAAAUAUUCACCGGAUACCGAGAGGAACUCAAGGUUGAAAAUAUGCUCAGUGAUCUGGGCUUCUGA